AGAAGCCAGACCUCCGAGGAGCCUGUACUGCUGGAAACAGAACAGAACUGCUUCCUAAUUCACAGCAACAAUGGGAGAAUGGAAUCAGCUUCCUCAGCAAUGAUGAUGCCUCCACUUGUAUCAGGAAGACUGAAGUAAACUCUUUCCUAUCAUAAGCUGCUUCUGGUCUAGUGUUUGUCUCAGGAAUGAGAAGUGAGAUUGCGGAUGUUCAUCAGAUCCAGGAAAGUCUGGCCCAGCUGAGAUGUCCCUUUACAUGGGAGCUGAAAUUUGAAGACACUGACAAACCUGAUUUAGAAAACAGGAUCUUGGAGCAGAUUGAGUUCCUGGAUGUCAAACACAAUGUGGGGGUACAUAAUCUCCUGGCCUAUGUGAAAGAUCUGAAUGGCCAGCACGAGCAAGCCCUGCAGAGCUUGAAAGAUGCUGAAGACCUGAUCCAGAGAGAGCCUGCCGACUGGCGGGACACAUUAAGCCUGGUGACCUGGGGCAACUAUGCCUGGGUACAUUACCACAUGGGCAGUCUGACAGAAGCCCAGGCCUACCUGGACAAGGUAGAAGACACCUGCAAGAAGCUUGAAAGUCCCUUUCGCUAUAGGGUAGAGUGUCCUGAGAUGGACUGUGAGGAAGGAUGGGCCUUGCUGAAGUGUGGAGGGCAGAAUUAUAAGCAAGCAAUGGCCUGCUUUGCAAAGGCUCUGGAGGUGAAGCCUGAAUGCCCUCAGUGCUGGACUGGCUAUGCUAUCACUGCCUAUCGCCAAGAUUAUGAUGAUGACAAUGUUAUUUCUCUAGAACCUCUAAGGCAGGCUGUCAGACUAAGUCCAGAUGAUUCAUACAUCAAAGCUCUCCUGGCUCUGAAGCUGCAGGAUGUACACCAGGAAUCAGAAGGAACAAAGUACCUUGAAGAAGCUCUGAGCAGCACAUCCUGCCAGGCCUAUGUCUUUCGCUAUGCAGCCAAAUUUUAUCGAAGGAAAGGUUGCCUAGAUGAAGCUCUCCAUUGCCUAGAAAAGGCCUCACAAGCAACACCCUCCUCUGGCUACUUGCAUUACCAAAGAGGACUUUGCUAUAGGGCAAAACUGAUCCAAGUAAAGAAAGCCACUAACAAGAAUCCCAGAAAGCAGUAUGAAAUAGAGAAAUGGGCACAACGAGCUAGGUGUGAAUUUCAAAAGGCUUUAACAUUAAAGCCCACAUUGGAUAUGGCCUAUGUUUGCCUGGCUGAAAUGCACGCAGAACUUGGCCAAUACAAGGAAGCAGAGGAAACUUUCCAGAAAAUAUUUAACUUGAAGAACCUUGCUGAUCACAUACAGCAAGAGAUUCAUUACCGCUAUGGCUGUUUCCAGCAAUAUCAGUUGAAAUCAGAAGAUAAAGCAAUCACUCACUUUUUGAAAGGUCUAAAGGUAGAAGAAAGGUCAUUUGCCGGGAAGAAACUUCUCAAUGCUUUGGAGAAACUGGCUACAAGGCGUGUUCAUCAGGAAGAAAAUGUGGAAAGCAUCAGCCUCCUAGGUUUUGUCCACAAACUGAAAGGGGAAGUGAAGGAGGCCCUGCUGUGCUAUGAGAAGGCUCUGAGGCUCACUGGUAAACUGAACCCUAUGUUCUGAAAGGUCUACAGGUCACCCUUGCUGAGUUGAUUACUCAUGACUAAAUAUUCCAACCAGCUUCUCUAAGUUCCUCAAAUGUGUGACUUGCUUAUGUUAUAAAUAGUUAUGGAACUACAGUUUCCCUUACCUACCAGUCCCUCUCAUCCCUUCCAUCCUGUGCCUGGAAGGUUCUUCCAUUCUUCCACCACACUUCCCUUCAUAGAUAAUCCCUGUUGUUGAGGUCACCUGUCUGGUGCUGGAUUAACCAGAACCAUUUUCCUUAUGACUAUGCCUUUGCAAUGAACAGCUUCCAUCUGCACUCUUCCAGGGUCUUGGACAUAGUAGUCCAUCCUGCCUGUUUGAUAAAAAUUAGUAAGGGGGUUGGUUAAAAGAGAGUGUAGGGUUAGAGAGAUGGCUUAGCACUUAAGGAGCUUGCCUGUGAAGCUCAAGGACCCAUGUUCAACUGUCCAGAUCCCACAUUAGCCAGACGCACAAAAGGGAGUCAAGUGCAA